AUGAAUAAGCUAUACAUUGGCAACGUGAGCGCCGAGGCCAGCGAGGAGGACUUCGAAACUAUCUUUGAGACGUGGAACAUUCCCCACAGUGGUCCCUUUUUGGUCAAAACUGGCUAUGCCUUCGUGGACUGCCCCGACGAGAAGACUGCAAUGAAGGCCAUCGAUGUUCUUUCAGGGAAAGUUGAACUCCAUGGCAAACUUCUCGAUGUGGAACACUCUGUGCCAAAACGUCAAAGAAGCUGCAAGUUGCAGAUCAGGAACAUCCCGCCUGACAUGCGGUGGGAGGUUUUAGAUGGCGUGCUGGCCCAGUACGGUGCUGUAGAAUGCUGUGAACAAGUCAACACUGACACAGAGACUGCAGUUGUCAAUGUUCGAUAUGCCGCCAAGGACCAAGCCAGGCAGGCUAUCGAGAAGCUCAACGGCUCCAUGAUGGAGAACUGCGCUUUGAAGGUGUCUUACAUCCCAGACGAGAACGCUGCCCCGGAAGGUCCUCCGGCAGGAGGUCGCCGUGGCUUCAACGCCCGCGGACCGCCGCGGUCCGGCUCGCCGAGCCUCGGCGCCCGACCCAAAGUUCAGUCUGACAUCCCCUUGCGCAUGCUCGUCCCCACGCAGUUCGUCGGGGCCAUCAUCGGCAAGGAAGGCGCCACCAUCCGGAAUGUCACGAAACAGACCCACUCAAAGAUAGACAUUCAUCGGAAAGAGAACGCAGGUGCUGCAGAGAAGCCCAUCACCAUUCACUCCACAGCUGAAGGUUGUUCGAACGCCUGCAGAACUCUAAUGGAGAUCAUGCAGAAGGAAGCACUUGACACAAAAUUUACUGAGGAGAUCCCACUGAAAGUUCUAGUACAUAACACCUUUGUAGGAAGAUUAAUUGGUAAGGAAGGACGAAACCUGAAGAAAAUCGAACAGGAUACGGGGACCAAAAUCACAAUCUCGCCUCUACAGGACUUGACCAUAUAUAACCCAGAGCGCACCAUCACAGUGAAGGGCUCCAUCGAGGCCUGCUCGAGAGCAGAAGAGGAAGUGAUGAAGAAGAUCAGAGAGUCGUACGAGAGUGACAUGGCUGCCAUGAAUCUCCAGUCCAACCUGAUUCCAGGCUUGAACUUGAACGCUCUAGGUUUGUUUCCCAGUGGCACACCUGGCAUGGGUCCAUCCAUGUCCCACGUACCACCUCCGGGAGCUGGCUGCUCUGGAUUCGGAUGCAGUCCUUACGGGGGCGAGGGUCCAUUUUGGGCUUCUAUGAUGUCGGCGGGCAGCCAGCCCCUCGCUGGACAUCCGGAGUCUGAAACGGUCCACCUGUUCAUCCCCGCGCUUGCCGUGGGAGCCAUCAUCGGAAAACAGGGUCAACACAUCAAGCAGCUGUCACAUUUUGCCGGAGCUUCAAUCAAAAUUGCUCCCGCAGAAGGAAUGGAUCCCAAACAGAGGAUGGUCAUAAUUGUCGGACCACCAGAGGCUCAGUUUAAGGCGCAAUGUCGCAUCUUUGGCAAGCUGAAAGAGGAGAACUUCUUUGGACCUAAGGAGGAGGUAAAGCUGGAGGCUCACAUCAAGGUCCCCUCAUUCGCCGCUGGACGGGUCAUCGGAAAGGGUGGAAAGACGGUAAACGAGUUACAGAACCUGACAUGCGCUGAAGUGGUGGUGCCCCGGGACCAAACUCCUGAUGAGAAUGAGCAGGUCAUCGUCAAGAUCAGUGGACACUUUUUUGCAUGCCAGCUGGCCCAAAGGAAGAUUCAGGAGAUCCUGGCUCAGGUGCGAAGACAGCAACAGCCCAAGCCUGCGCCGGGAUCACAGCCCCCCCUGCCCCGCAGGAAGUAG